CCACUGCGUAGAGGGUUUUUUGGCGCGCUUUUGGAAAAGCCCGCCCCGCUUCAGCGUUCACAGCUCUUGUCCGGAUUCGGCUUCCGUAGUGAAGAUGCGGAGCCGCGAGGAAGUCGAAGCUACGCUGCAGGUCGCGAAAGUGAACCCGGCGGAGCUGCUCCCGGUCGUGCAGUGCCUCAGCUUCGGUGCGGCCGCGGAGGCCCCCGAAUAUCGCCUUCUGCAGCUGGAGCCGGAACUGUGCGCCGAGUUGGAGGCAGGACGGAGCCUGAUGAUACGUGGAGACCGAGAGGAACAUGCUGUGCUGUGCAGUAAAGAUAAGACUUAUGACAUGAAAAUAGCAGACACAUCUAACACCUUGCUUUUCAUUCCUGGCUGUGAAACUCCAGAACAACUUGGUGCAGAUAAGCCUACUUCUAACAUUGUUCACCUCCAGAUUGCAGGGGUCGCCAAAAAUUUCUGGGAACUAAGAAGAUGUCGACCUAAACUCAAGAAACUCAAGAAACUUCUAAUGGAAAGUCCUUAUGAAGGGCCAGACACUGAGCAAGAGCAAACUUCGGCUAACUCAAAGUAUGCAACAGAAGACUUACUGGAUCAAGUCCAAGCAAGUGAGGAAGAAAUAAUGCAUCAACUGGAAACUCUCAAAGCAUGCCAGAUUGAAGGAUACUGGAGGAUCCUAGAUUUUGAUUAUGAGAUGAAACUGUUGAAUCAUGUGACUCAGUUGAUAUACACAGAAUCCUGGUCAUUUAACAGAGUCCCUUUAAGCGUAUGUCUUCAAGAGCUUGGUCCACUAGAACCAGAGAAUAUGAUAGAGCACAUUCUUAUGAGCUAUGGAAGGAAAUACACUGAUGAAGGUGACACCUACUUUGAAAUGAAGGAAGAGAAGAUAUGCCGAGGAAUAGCUCAAAUGCUCUUAAACAAUGCAGUUAAAUUCAGUCUCUCGGAAUUUCAAGAAGUAUGGCAACAGAGUGUCCCUGAAGGAAUGAUCACUGGACUGGACCAGUUAAAGGGUUUGGCUCUUGCGGAUUACUCUUCCAAACCAGAGACUAUUUCCUUGCUAAACAUUGAAGACUUACCAGAAGAAAACCAGGAAAGAUUUAAUACCUUGUUCAAAAUUAGGGAGAAAUGGACAGAAGCUGAUAUAGUGCCAUAUAUACAAGAUUUGUGUUCAGAGAAGCAAACAACUGGUGCGUUGCUGACAAAAUACGCUCGUUCUUCAAUGCAGAAUGGAAUCAAAGUUUACAAUUCUAGAAGACCCAUUUCAUAAGAAGCAAUCCUGUUUAAGAGCUGAAGAUGGAACUGUGAACUGGUCUCUUGGGAUUUUAGUAGCAAAUUUUGUGACCAGAAGCAGACACAUAACAGUCUUUUAUGGUGGGCAUGUAAAAAUAUUAAAAGGCAUUUGAAUUCUUGAAUAAAGUUUUGCUAUAUGAGCUUGAGCUAUCUUUAAAGUUUCAAACCCUGCGGAACUGUCU